CACCACAGGUUUAUCGAAGCGGCGGGUUUGGGGCUGUGGGUUGUGACUGAUUUCAAUUGAAGCAUAAUAAAAAUAAUAUUGUAUUAGUUUGUUUUCAUUAGCAUGGGCAGUUUGUGAGGUUUAAAUUGCUAAUCGGAGUUAUUAACAUGAACCUGGAGAGAUUGCGGAAACGCGUCCGGCAGUAUAUCGAUCAGCAACAAUAUCAGAGUGCCUUAUUUUGGGCAGACAAAGUUGCAUCACUGUCUCAUGAGGAUCCUCACGAUGUUUACUGGCUAGCGCAGUGCCUUUAUCUCACAUCACAGUAUCAUAGCGCUUCACAUGCUCUUCGCUCACGAAAACUAGAUAAGUUCCAUUUAGCUUGUCAGUAUCUUGCUGCAAGAUGUCAUUAUGCUGCGAAAGAGUACCAGCAAUCCCUUGAUAUCCUUGACAUGGAAGAACCUGUUAAUAAAAGGCUGCUGGACAAAAGCGCAAAGGAGGACAAUGUUAUCAAAGAUUAUGCUAAAGACUGGGGAAUGUCUACCUCUUCAAUCAAGAGCUCAAUUUCCCUUUUACGGGGGAAGAUCUAUGAUGCCAUGGACAACAGACCCCUGGCAACCAGCAGCUACAAAGAGGCUUUGAAGCUAGACGUUUACUGCUUUGAAGCAUUCGACCUUUUAACAUCACAUCACAUGUUGACUGCCCAGGAAGAAAAAGAAUUUCUUGAUUCCCUACCUCUAAGCCAACAGUGUACAGAAGAAGAACAAGACCUGCUCCAUUUUCUAUUUGAAAAUAAAUUGAAAAAGUAUAACAAACCCAGUGAAACUGUGGUUACUGAGGCAAUUGAUGGUCUUCAGGAAAACCUGGAUGUUGUUGUGUCUUUAGCAGAGAGACAUUAUUAUAACUGUGAUUUUAAAAUGUGCUACAAACUCACAUCGACGGUAAUGGAAAAAGAUCCUUUUCAUGCAAAUUGUCUACCUGUGCAUAUAGGAACACUGGUAGAACUCAGCAAAGCAAAUGAACUGUUUUAUCUUUCCCAUAAGUUGGUGGAUUUGUACCCAAAUAGCCCAGUGUCCUGGUUUGCAGUAGGAUGUUAUUACCUUAUGGUUGGUCACAAAAAUGAACAUGCAAGGAGAUAUCUCAGCAAAGCCACCACUCUAGAGAGGACCUAUGGACCUGCAUGGAUUGCUUAUGGCCACUCAUUUGCAGUAGAAAGUGAACAUGACCAGGCCAUGGCAGCCUACUUCACAGCUGCACAGCUAAUGAAAGGCUUUUGAAUUCCCUUCCUGUUUGUCAAUAUGUAAUAUGGUUUGACAAAUAAAUUGACAAAUAACUCUAAGCUGGCGGAGAGGUUUUUUAGCCAGGCUCUCAGUAUCGCCCCGGAGGAUCCUUUUGUCAUGCAUGAAGUUGGAGUGGUGGCUUUCCAGAACGGAGAUUGGAAGACAGCAGAGAAAUGGUUUCUUGAUGCAAUGGAGAAAAUAAAAGCUAUUGGAAGUGAGGUGACUGUUGAUAAAUGGGAGCCUCUGUUAAAUAACCUUGGUCAUGUAUGUCGGAAACUUAAGAAAUAUGAGCAAGCACUGGACUACCACCGACAGGCCCUUGUGCUAAUUCCCCAGCAUGCUUCCACGUAUUCGGCUAUUGGAUAUGUCUACAGUCUCAUGGGCGACUUUGAGAGUGCUAUUGACUAUUUCCACACAGCCCUUGGUCUCAGAAGAGAUGACACAUUUUCUGUAACAAUGCUAGGACACUGUAUUGAAAUGUACAUUGGAGAUGCAGAUGCAUAUAUAGGAACAGACAUCAAGGACAAGUUACGAAACACUUCAAGUACUCCAGCACUAAUGAAAAUGCUGACCAACCCAGUGGAUGCCAAUGAGCUCAGAACGCAGCCACUGGAGGAGAGUGGCAUCAUGGCCUUAGAGACUUCUCCAAAUCCUGAGAAAUCGAUAGAGGCUGCUCCCAGACUUAAUGAAACCUUAGAGUUUGAGAUGUAUGAAAGUGACAUGAUGUUGGAGACAUCUAUGUCUGACACCAGCACGUGAUGGGCCCAAUUCGCAGUGCCUUUCUUGACGUCUGGAUUAUUGUUGAACUGUGUUGCAAGUGAAUCCUCCCGGAAUGAUGAUAUUGUAUAAUCAAAAGAUUUGGAAAAUUGUAUGUUAAACACAGUCUACAAGGAAGAAAAGCACAGCAGCCAGGAAAAAAUCUGUUCAUGCGCAAACCAACUAAGUGUUCCAUUCAUGUGGAUUUUUACAUAAUUCAAUAAAUAAAAUGUGCUUAAUUCCACUUUAAGUAUGUCCAACAAGUGAAUGAAGGUAAUACAUUUAUUAAAAAUCAUUG